AUGGAACCGGCAAUGGAUUCGCAGCAGCAGAGGCACAACGACACUCUUAAUUCAGAAAACGCCGUUCAGCAUGAGAGCCAGGAUGCCAACACCAAAGUAGACACCAAAGAGUGUGCGGGGGAGUUGAAUCUCAAAGUCAAGGAGGCAGCACUAAAGUCCGAGCUGAGGUCGAUUCACACACUUGUUGGGAGGAAGCUUGAUAUCCAAAACAUCGAUCAGGAGCUGCGACAGCGACUGGAGGAUCUUUCAGCUUUGCGCCUUCAUAGCCAUAACGACAAAGGGUCAGAGACAUCAAAAGCAAAGGAAGCAAGCGCAGUGACAGCGACAAUGACGGGCGACGAGAAGACGAUACCGGAUUCUGACGAGAAGCCAGCAGCCGAACCUGUUGAGGACGUGCGGACCGAAUUUGUGCUUCAGUCGGUGGGGCUCCUUGCAAAGUUGGAAGAAGAUUUGAUGGCACUUGUGCGAGACAGAGAGAUCAACGACCCUGCGAACGAUCAGGAGUUGCUGGGACUCAUGGACCAGAGGAUGAUACACACUAUGCUGGAGAUUAUUGUCUGCUGGGGAAUAUAUCCCUGCCUGCUGCCAGGUGUGGGAACGCCGCUUAACCGUCGUGUACGAUCAAACAUUGCUCAGAAGGAUCUCUUCACUGCAGGUCCAACAGCUAACAGGACUAGCGCUGAUGCCAGUGCGACAGUUACGGAUAAGCCUGUGGAUCCGACAAAGUCUGCCAACACGCUUUGGGCCAUUAUCGAGCCUCUCGCCAAGAUUGCGGUCGCCUAUUCACCAAAAGCUUGCCGAUUCACGACUAUGGGGAGUAUUUUGGCCAGCCGACACAUUCCGGAUCUGUAUGCUGCAUUACUUCAGUUGGCGUAUCGACCACUACCGAAGCCUGUUGUGCCCUAUACCGACAGCGAUGUCGACACGGCGGGCUUGGGAGUUCGGAGAAGUGAUGCACCAACCAAGCUCUCCAAAGUCACACCAGGAAGUCUUUUGUCCAAAACGACAAAGGCAUCACCAGUGGACAACAGCAGGACAAAGGAGAACGCUCGCCCAGUCAACCAACACUCACACUCCGUGAUUCAUGGCGACAGUGAUCCGACCCGAUCUCUGAUGUUGCAACAAAAGGAGGAGAGCGCCAAACUAUUCCACGACCUCUUUUGGAACACAGAAGCCUCAAGGUCACUCGAAUCUCUUACAGUACUCCUGUCAUCAGCCUCGCCCACACACCCAACGCCCGCCUGGAUCAAGGGCGUCAGCGGGCGGUUUCUAUCGCAGAUUCUCCUUCGACCUGGUGGUGUCCGAGUGGUUCUCGAGUAUAUGCAGGGUGCAGGCGACACGGUCAAGUUGGAUCAACUCGAGAGGAUGGCAAAACUCGUCACCUCUGUCCCAGAUCAGAUGUCAUCUGUUCACGAGUACUAUCACACCAUCUGUCCUGAGUUGCUGGAGAUUCUAGAGAUGGACCUGAAGGCGUCUGGCAGUCUCGGACUGGAGCAGCUGAAGAAACUGACCAUGACGAGGAUCACACCCCCUAGUUCACAAUUGAUCCAGACAACUAACUUUGUGGUCAGCAAGCUGCUGAGCAAGAACCCUGCAGUUGGGCAAGUCGAGAUUGUGGCCAAAGAGGUUGAGCCGUUGUGGAAGUGGGGGACGCGAGCACACAGGAAGGAGGAACCGAAGGCAUCGGAUACGGUUCCUCGGCAGGGGCAUGAAGGCGAAAGUGGCGUGACAGUUGAGGAUGCGGACGAAACUGGGGGGGACGACGUUGGAGUCAUUGGAGCUGCGAGUGGUUUAGACCCGAUUGUGGCUUCCGAGUAUGACGUGGUCAAGGCUGUGAUGUUUUUAUACACAUUCUUGGUAGGAAACGAGCCUUCGCCGCCACUCUUCAAGGCCUUCCUUAGCCAAGCGAGUCUUGGACUCUACCAGCUGUACGAGUUUUCGAGUCAGGUCCGCUCGGUUCUUCGGGAAAAAGCCAAGGAGAUUCUGAUUGUGUACAUGAGGAUUUUGGAUCCCAAGGAAACGAUCGAGGUGCUAAAAUCGAUUGUGAUGCGGCGUAGAGUGCCCGUGUCGAAGCUGAGGCCCUGGCAAACCCUUGUCAACUCGAGUGGGCAGCGAAUUGGAGACCUGGUGGAAAUGGGCAGUGUUGGCGAGAGCUAUUAUGCUCCUGGACCCACAGGUGGAGCUGUCUUGCGCCGAAGAAGGUCACAGGAUGUAAACGCGGCGACACAGCUCGAGCUGGACGUGGAUGUGUUCUUAGACUUCUUGUCAGAAGUAGAGACAUCUACCAACGAGGGUGAAAUCCUAGGCGACCUAUACAUGUAUCUCCUCGACGAGUAUCAAUCAGGAAAGGCGCGCGGAGCAAACGCCGUGUCUCCAAGAAGGAUGUUGACAACGUUGCAGCUGAUUCUAAGCAUGACACAGAAGCUGGGACCAAGUAUCAUGAAGAAAGUGACGCAGAUCAUUGGCCUUGCAAAUAACAUUUUGGAGCACCAGGGUACCGUUGUGAGCAAAGACGAGGACGAGAAGGACCAGAGCAUGGAUGAAGACGCCGAUGAAGCCGAUGUGGAGAUCCUCAGCUUGGUGUUGACAUUGCUGUCAGCCAUCCUUACCGAAAAUGAGCAUCUGUCGCAGCAAGACAGACAUUUAUUGGCGUUAACGCUGGUCCAUCUGAAGAAGCUGGCGGACCAUCCAUUGAUCGAGAUCCGACGAAUUGCUCACGACCUCCAGACUCUGAUUCCGACGCGAUUAAGCGACGAUUCCACCAUGGGUGCGGAUACGCACAAGAAGUCAGAGAUGGAGAUCGAGAUGGAAAAGUAUGCCUCUGCACUGGCGGCACUUCAGGACAGCCUCCUCCCUGUCCGUGCGCACGGUCUUCAUAUCUUGCGCGAGAUGAUCCUUGCCAAAUCGAUUGUCCUCACAAGAGCCACUGGUGGGGAUGGCGCCGAGCGAGAACUGGAUCACGCCCUGGACAUCUUUAUCCAGCAUGUUCAAGAGCCCGACUCGUUUAUCUACCUCAAUGCAGUCAAGGGUCUCGCUGCUCUGACGGAUGCUCAUGGGGCAGAGAUUCUCAAGAAGCUGAUGAAGAUCUACUCGAACGAGAAUGGGCGCCAGACGUUGGAGACUCGACUUCGGGUUGGAGAGGCGUUGGUUCAGACUGUUCAGCGGUGUGGUGACGCACUUGGUGGGUAUGUGGAUGCUCUACUGCCUGGACUGUACAAGGUGAUGAACACAGAGAUGGAUCCUAGGUUGGUGGAGGCACGCGUGGAGGAGAGACGCAAGAUGGCGGAGAAGGAGAAGACCAAGAAGGCGUCAGAGGCUCUCCUUAGUCCGGAGGAGAAGCAACGCAAGUGGAAGGCAGAGCAGCAGAAUCGGCGGCGCCAACAGCAACAGAAGGAAGGGGGCGGUGCUAAGGGCGAAGGAGAUAACCAGGAUGGAGGCGAUAAGGGCCAAGGACACGAAGAGGGAGAGGAAGAAGAAGACGACGACUCGCUGGUGGAUGAGGUGUCGAUUUUACGAUCAAGUGCAUUGACCAUAUUGGCGACUGCGGCAGAGACCUGUCCGGUGGCGCUUUUACCAGAGAUGCGGUAUCUGGUUGACUGGGUCCUUUCUAUCCUGGAUCUCGACCGACAGUUUGAGGUGCGGAGAGCGGCGACAUUGGUGUUGGUGUUGCUAUUUAGGGCGUUGGGGGCUAACUCGUUGCAUCGAAUUGAUGGGGACCAGUUGAAGAGGGCGUAUCGGACGCUGCGCUACAUUGAGCAAGUCGAUGAGGAUCCGUUGUGCCGCGCCCAGGCUCGUGCGGGGAUUGCGGAUUUGGACGGUAUUGUCAGGACGGAGAUGAGCCCCCGGGAAGGAGGUUCGAGUCAGAGUGGGGGCUUGCUGGGAAUGAUUAGUGGAGUCAGUAGUGGGUCGAUGGUGGGCAGUCGAAGUGUUGGGACCCCGGAGAUUCGAUACAAGUGA